GGUCAUGGGCGUUCUUAACUUUACAGCCACAAACCAAGGUUUUACCCUCGAGGCUUGCCGUAGUCGGCGAAGCCACCCAAGCAAGCAUCAUGGCGUCUUGUCAACUCCAAACUUUAGACGCAACAAACUUUUUGAGCGGAAAAGUGCUUCACCCUACCGACGGCUGGCUUCGUCUCAGCGCCAUUAAAACAAACCUGCAUCGGACGUCAGAUGACAAGAACACAAACGACGUAAAUAAUCAACAUGUAAAUAUGUCGGCGUGCUAACUUUGGAAAAGAAAGUAUUUAAGCUAGCCCCACUUUCAACAAGUUUGCUAGCUAUUUAACUAGCGUGUCAUCCCCGGAUUUAAAAUGUCGUAACGGAUAAUAAACCGGACUAUAACUCAUAAAACGUCCUCUUUUGGGGGAGUCUUCCGCGUCAAGAUGUGUCGUUUUCUACGCUACUGUGUCAGCCACUGCCUCCGUGCAGCGAUGACCCGGCUCGAGGACGUGAACGCAGAGGUGAGCGUGUGGUCGUCCGUCCGGUGGCUCGGCUACCUGUCCAGGCUCAACCUUCUGGUCGCCCUGUGUUUGGGGCUCUACGCCCGGUGGGAGACGACCGCGGAGACCACCCUCCUGGUCGUGUUCGUCCUGACUCUAAUCGUUCCAGCGGUAGCGAGCGUGUCGCACUGCUUCACCGGCGCGGAGAGGCUCGGCCUCGGUGGUCUCCACCUGUGGUUCGGUUUCCUGCUCGGGCUGCAGGGUUUCCUCGACAGCCCGGCUCCGCAGGGCGACGCGAAGGCGCGCGCGGCCAACUACCUGCUGCUGGCCAGCGUGGGUUCGAGGACGCUGGCGGCGCUGCUGGAGCGGCUCCUCGGACUCGCCGGGUGCCGGCCCGCCUUCCUCACCUCGGCGGAGCGGCUGGAGCUGGUGGGGUUCGCCGUCGCCAGCACGGCGCUGCCCGUCCGGGACUCCGUGAGCGUGAUGGUGCUGCUGGCGGCGCUGGCCGCGGUCAUGGUCGCCCUCCGGAUGAAGGCGUGCAUGGCGCUCCCCAACUUGCUCUGCUUCGGCGGCGUCGCCGGCGCGCUGUUCUUCGAGUCCCUGCACGUCCCCAUUAACCCCUUCGCCCUCGCCUGCUUCUUCGGCCGGCUCGUCUGCGACCCUCUGCUGGACGUCUGCUUCAGUGGGCAUUCUGUGACCGAGCGCUGGCAGCCGUUCCUGGCGUGGCCGGCCCCGUGGCGCCGGCUGUCCCUCCUCCCUCUGACGGCGGUGGAGGUGACCUUCAUCGGUCUGGCUGCCCAGAAGCUGAGAGACCUGGACCGGUGGUACCUGACGAUCCCGGCCUUUGUGGUCUGUGCGUUCUUCUGGGCCGCAAGCCACAUGGUGUUUGUCAUCACGGUGUGGGGCUUUCACACCAAGCUCAGUGAAUGCCGGAGGCUGUGCUCGUCCCAGGGUUCAGGGGUCAGCGGCCUGAACAAGGUUAUGGCCUCAAAGGGCAUGAGACAUUUCUGCCUCAUCUCUGAGCGCCUGGUGAUGUUCUCGCUGUUGUCAACUGUUGCUGUGGCCGCACUUUGUUGGCAGGCCUCCAGCAGCGUCUUUGUGAGCGUCUUCCUGCUCGUCCUGCCUCUGGAGUCUCUGUUUCACGGGCUUUUCCACGAGCUCGGCAACAGCCUCGGAGGAACCUGUGUGGGCUACGCGGUGGUCAUCCCCACCAACUUCUGCAGUCUUGACGGCCAGCCCAUGCUGCUGCCUCCAAGCCAGGUUCACGAUCUGAACGAGCGCUCCACAGGCAUGUUGAACAAAAUACAGCGCUUCUUCGCCUACCACUUCAUCGAGACUUUUGGCUGCGACUAUUCCUCCAGCGGCGUGACCAAGGAGGCGCUGCAGGCGAAGAUCACGGCUUUCUUUGAGCUCCAUACGGCAGACGGACCUCGCCACGACACCUACGUGGUCUUCUACAGCGGCCACAGUCACCGCUCCGGAGAGUGGGCGCUGGCGGGAGGAGACAGUCUUCACCUGGAUCAGAUCCUCGAGUGGUGGAGGGAGAGAAACGGCAGCUUCUGCUCGCGCCUCAUCUUUGUGCUCGACUGUGACAACUCGUUGCCGUGGGUGAACGAGGUGCAGAAGGUGGAGGGUCUGUACGUCGCUGUGCAGGGAGCGACGCUCAUGCAGGUGACUGACGUCGAGCAGCAGGAUCCCCCGCAGCUCGGAGACUUCACCUCUCAGUGGGUGGAGUACAACUGCAACUCAAACAGCAACAUACAGUGGUCGGAGAGGGGCAGGGCGGUUUUAGCCACCUACGGCAUCUCCAAAUACUGGAGCGACUACACUCUGCACCUGCCGACAGGAAGUGACGUUACCAACUACUGGAGCAUGUUCUUCCCUCGAGUGACCUACCCAGUGGUGCGGUUGGUGGCUGGCGGGUGGCUGUCCGAGAGUCUGAACGGGCUGGAGCUCUGCGGCAGAGUCCUGCGAUACCUGAAGAGGCUCAAACUAAACUGGUAUCCACCAGCGACACUGGACACUGGCCAAGGCUUCAAACUGGUCCGCUCAUACAAAAUAUGAAUAUAAACUAUUUCUUUUAAAAGUUUUUUUGGACCUUGAGAAUGGGCAGCUAUUGGAUCGUUAACGUGCGCUAACGUCACUUAGUUACUGAUUGGUCGGUCUGGAGUUUCUCUAUUUUAGUACCAGCUUUUUUUUAUAUUCUUUUGCAAAUGUUUAUAUUAAUGUGUCUUUGUAGCUGCGAUUUAAAGAUGUUAACGUCCCUGUCGAAAAGAAAUGUCAAUGUGGAUGAACCUGGGAAAAGUGGCUAAAUUUUGCACAUGUAUGAAUCAUAGAUUUGAUUCCACCUUGAUUUUAAGAACUUUUGUGCCUUUUACCGUAAAAUCACCAAAGAAUAUUCAGAAGGCCAAGCUUUAAGCUUUUUACCUUUUUAACCAUAUCUCUUGUUUUGACUGGAAUGAUUCCCGUUACACUCGUCUGCGCCACACUAUGCAUUUUAAUCUUUGAGUAUUCAAUGCACUGCUUUUUUUUGUUUUUGUCUGUUGUAACGGCGUGUUGUGAUGCUUUGAGGGGUCGUCGUUCUUUUCAAACGCUCUCCUGCUGCUUCAGGGAGUCCAGAGAGUUUAAACUGUGCUGACGAGUGCACUACACACAGCUGUGUGUGAACGACAGUAUUCAUAAACCCCAGGAAUUAAAUGCAUCACAGGAUGAGAUCCAUUUUCUUCCUGGGGGUUGAUCGCAGUUUACUGAGUUAUAAAGAUGACAAACUAUGCAAUAAAGGAGUGGGACUUCACUGCUAAAAAAUCAUGAAUGUAACGUGCUCCUCGUUGGAUGCAUCCUCCAAUUAACUAAACCAAAACAGGUUAUUACAGGUUUCUGGAACUAGGAAAACAAAUCUAUCCAAUACAUAAAAAAAAUCAAGUCUAUUUGGGGAACACUUUUUUUGUGGGGCCAUUAUUUCCUAAAGAUGUCUUGGAAAGAACUAUGCAAUUUCUAAUUAUAGGGAAACUAGACAAUUAUACUUAAGUUUUACUUUAAAGAACGUCUCCCUUUAAAACACAAGUUAGUAUUUAUAUAUCAUAUAUAUGUAUUUAUUUAUAUCAUAUGUUGACUUGUAUACUUGCCUGGAGACAAAUUAAAAAUUUAAGACAAAUUAUAUUAGUUGUCAUGUUAUUAUACAAGUUUUCUCGGAAAUUAAACUGUAAAAUAGAUUUUAAUUUUUAAACUUGAUUGGCAUACAUGUCCUGUCAUAUUGGUAAAGUAUGUUACUCAACUUUAAAGUGGAGCGCGUGGUUCCCCGGGUUUCACAACAAUCUCAUCUACAACCAGUUUGCUUUAUCAGUGAAAUGUGUUUUUAAUGAAUAAAUUAUCAUUAAAAAAAAAAAAAAAAAAGGUGGAAGAAUUAUAUGCAUACCAUCACAUGACCACAAGAUGAAAUGCGGUUUGAAAGCGUUUUAAAAUCUAAACUGAUAAUUGCCUCGUGUUGUGAUUUGUUAACCAGUUACCGCCUCACGGUAUUAUGCAUCCGAAAUGUCACAUUUCAAAUAAUAAUGAAUGAAUGCUUUAGGUAUGUUGGGAAAAGUCAAAAUGUUGCAUGCAAAGUACAGCCUUUCCAAAAGUCCCAAUUAACUCAGCGUGCCAUUUAAAAUGGUCUCUGUAUAUAACAAGUCAUAGUAUAUUACUUUUUUUGAAGUCAUAGUACAACC